UUGUGAAAAAAAAAGUGAAAGGUCCUUAACGGUGAAAAUGUUAAAAGUGAGGUUCUUCUUUUAUGCUUAACUUAUAUUGUUUCAUUUAUUUUGAUAUUAUUUGCAGAUUUAAAAUUUGUGUUUAUGAUAUGUUCUGUCCAUUUUAACCAUUUAUAUUAGACAUAAGUGAUAUAAGUGAUUGAAACUACCCAUUGAGAAACGUUGUAAACUUGUAACCCAUAUAAAUCACAUUAUUAACAAUUUAGCACGGUCACACGUUUUAAUAUUUUUAAAAAUAAAAACUCAAGCAUGAUUUUACUGGAAAACAAAGCACUAAGUAAGGGGAAAAAAAAGAAAAAAAAAUACACGGAUUAACAAAAAAGAAAGAAAAAAAUAAAAAAAUAAAAAAAUACGUAGUACAUAAUCCAGAAAAAAGAUUCUUUCAAAAAAAAAAAAAAAAUCCAGAAAAAAGAAGAAAUUGAUAUGCAAGGAGGCAAGGACUGCGACUAUAAUUUUGAUCCUGAUGCAAACAUCGUCCCUCUCUUAGUCUCUCCCUCCUUAUCCUUCCUUAUUUAUUCCCUCCACAAAAACUGUAUUUCAAAUUCCAGAAUUGCCAAGAUCUCCAAUCCAGGGACAUGGGUGCUACCUCCUCCAAUCCAGUCCGUAGGUGUAAGUUAUUAGACUUGGAGGAGCGUAGGCCCAUUAAACGACUCAAAAAAGGGGAUUCUGCUCAUGGUAAUGGUAUACUGUUAGAAGAUAGAAUCAGCAGUUUACCUGAUGCUCUACUAGGAGACAUACUCUCAUUCCUUCCUACUAAGGAUGCUGUUGUUACCAGUGUAUUGUCUAGGCGAUGGAGGCGUGUUUUCACCUGGGUAACACGACUCCAUUUUGACGACUCACCUAUAUCUCUUUGUGUGGACCGUCCUUGUAUGCCUGAUUCUUUCCCCAAUUUCAAGAGAUUUGUUGAUAACUUAUUGCAACUGUGUCACUCUCACAACAUUACCACUUUUAGACUUCACUUUGGCAGGGAUGAUCUAAGCCCUUACAAAUUUAGAAGGUGUAAACAAGGUUGUUUACCUCAGUUAAACCCUAUGCAUCUUAAUACUUGGAUGUGUUUUCCAUUAACCCGUGGGGUUAAAGAACUUGACAUUCGUGCUCGCGUUAGGGAACCCGGUAAGCUGCCUUCGGCCCUCUUUGGUUGUCCAACACUCGAGGUGUUAAAGAUCGAUGUGAAUCUUCAUCUUGAAGUUCCUCUGUCUUUCUGUUUGCCAAACUUGAAAGAGUUCAAUCUCACUUUACCCGUCAUUCCUGAUGGUGACUUCGCGACUAGGCUAGUUUCAAGCUGUCCAUCCCUUGAACACUUGACUCUGGAUGGUUACUGGAAUCCUUUGAAACCCAUUAUUAUAUCUUCACCAUCACUUCGUAGAUUAUCUGUAAUGACUAAUUGUUUUGGUAGUAGUUACCUAAGGACCGAGGUUGUACUUGAUGUUACUAAUGUGGAGUAUCUAAUGUAUGACGACGUUUCUGCAUCUCACUACUGCAUUGGAGAUCUGAAUGCUCUUGUUGAAGCUGAAAUCAACCAAACUGUUCCUGAGGAUACGCUUAACCUUCUUUGGCGGCUGUCUAAUGUUCGUCGUUUGUUUCUGAUGGAAUCAUGUGUAGUGGCUCUGCAUCUUUGUGAAUCAGAGCAGCUUAAGCUGCCUGUCUUUCGUAAUCUGAAUCAUUUGAAGCUUGGUUGUUCUGCCUUUAUUAGUUGGUAUACAUUGUUGAUGGAGCUGCUUAAUUGUGCGCCUUUUCUAGAAACACUUAGUUUACCGAAGGGAAUCGUAUUUGAUGAUGAUGAGGAGGAUGAACAUUAUAUGGAGAUGUCUGGGCAAGAGUGUAAGUCUUGGAGUUGUACUCCCAUAAUCCCGUCUUGUUUGGCGAGUAAUCUCAAAAGAAUCUCAGUACAAGAUUACAAGCUGACAGAAUGGGAACUGGAAGUGGUUAAAUAUUUUCUGAGAAGCUCAUUAGUUUUGGAGGACUUGGAUGUAGCUUUGGAUUGUUGGAAGUCAGAGACUGAAAGGAUAUCACUCAACGAGACAUUACAGAAGCUACCAAGAGCCUCAAAGACUUGUUCAAUAAAAGUCCGUAGAGGGGACUGAUUGUAUGGGCACUCUGUAGUAGGUUGAAUAACCAAUUUGGCAGUGCCUCGUACGUUUCUCCGUGUGUUCUGUACUAAGUUAUAAAGACAUGACUGAUAGUAGAGGUGGGCAACGUGCCGUGCUGGGCCGCCGCGGGCCGUGCCUCGCCGUGCCUGGUGGUGGCCCGUGUCGUGCCGUGCCGGGCCACCAUUUAGCACACCCCAGCCCACGGCACGGCACGGCCAACAUGCCUGGCGUGCCGUGCCGGGCACCGGGCCGCCUGUAAUUUGUUUAAUUCUUUUUGAACAACUUUUAAAAUGGAUAUACUAUUUAAAUAAUUUUAUUAAUUUA